UUUUUAAGCUUUCUCUCUUUUUCUCACAGAGUCUCUUCUCAAACACAUCAAAAUCAAAACGUUGCUUACACAUUCUCUUCAGUCUUCGCUGUUCUCACAAAACACAAUUCAUUUUCAUUCAACUCAAACAAAAAAAACUCCAUCAACUUUUUUUUUUGUAGUAAGAGAUCAACAUGGCUCUAUCACGUUUAUGUUCAUCUUCUUCAAACAUCGGAUCCAAUUUCUUCAAACCCUUCUCCUCUGCCUUCUUCACUCUCAACCGUCCGAUCACCUCCGACACAACCACCACUCUCACAAUCGAAACCUCCAUCCCUUUUACCGCCCACAACACCGAUCCUCCCUCACGCUCCGUCACCACAUCUCCCUCUGAACUUCUCUCAUUCUUCCGCACCAUGGCCUUAAUGCGCCGCAUGGAAAUCGCUGCUGAUUCACUCUACAAAGCCAAACUCAUCCGCGGUUUCUGCCACCUCUACGACGGUCAAGAAGCCGUCGCCGUCGGUAUGGAAGCCGGAACAACUAAAAAGGACUGUAUAAUCACUGCUUACCGUGAUCACUGUACUUUCCUCGGUCGUGGCGGAACCCUAGUUGAGAUUUAUUCUGAACUUAUGGGACGGCGUGAUGGGUGUUCUAAAGGGAAAGGUGGUUCAAUGCAUUUUUAUAAGAAGGAUUCUGGGUUUUAUGGUGGACAUGGAAUUGUUGGUGCUCAAGUUCCUCUUGGUUGUGGUUUGGCUUUUGGUCAGAAAUAUUUGAAAGAUGAGAGUGUUACUUUUGCUUUGUAUGGUGAUGGUGCUGCUAAUCAAGGGCAGCUUUUUGAGGCUCUUAAUAUUGCUGCUCUUUGGGAUCUUCCUGCUAUUUUGGUUUGUGAGAAUAAUCAUUAUGGAAUGGGAACUGCUGAGUGGAGAGCUGCUAAGAGUCCUGCUUAUUACAAGAGAGGGGAUUAUGUUCCUGGAUUGAAGGUAGAUGGCAUGGAUGUUCUUGCUGUGAAACAAGCUUGUAUAUUUGCAAAGGAGCAUGCUUUGAAGAAUGGGCCCCUUAUUCUCGAAAUGGACACUUACAGAUACCAUGGUCACUCCAUGUCUGAUCCUGGCAGCACAUACCGAACACGUGAUGAAAUUUCUGGUGUGAGACAGGAGCGUGAUCCAAUUGAGAGAGUAAGAAAGCUGUUAUUGUCUCAUGACAUUGCUACUGAAAAGGAGCUAAAGGACACUGAAAAAGAAGUAAGAAAAGAAGUUGAUGAAGCCAUUGCUAAAGCAAAGGAGAGUCCAGUGCCAGACCCGUCUGAUCUAUUUACCAAUGUAUAUGUUAAAGGAUACGGGGUUGAGGCAUAUGGUGCUGAUAGGAAAGAAGUGAGAGUUACUUUGCCAUAAAUAGAGAUUUUGUUGGCACCAAACUGAUCAAAAAUAAUGAGGAAUAAAAGGUUCUGAGCCUAUUAGUUGAGUUUUCCCCAAGUAUAUAGGAAAUUUACUCUUUAAAUAGAAAUGGGGUGGAAAUGAUUACUUUUUGUCAUGUAAUUAUUUUGGAGGAAAAUAUGGGCAUUUGGCAGAGCAUUAUUGUGUUUGAUGUAACUUGGGUGUUCUGCAAAUUUGAGGAACUCAUUGUGUACAAUUAGCGUUAACCUUUAUUAAUAGGUGGCAAGUUUUUGCCAUUAGUUUUGUUGCUAUUCACCAAUCAUGUUGUGCUUUCAUUAAAACUAUAUUUUAGAUACAAAAAAUUCAGUUUCUUUUGGAAUAUUUUGAAGAUUUUAGUGCCUGCAAUUUGCGGAUUGAA